AUGGAGGUCUGCGCUUGCCUGCAGUAUCUCAGGACGCAGCCCGUCUGGCUGUUCGCCCUCACUGCCAUCGGGUUCCUCUCCCUUGCGAAGCUCGGCUUCGCUUCUCUCCGCUGGACAUACGUCAGCUUCCUCCGCCCUGGGAAGGAUCUCAAGCGGCGAUAUGGCAGCUGGGCGGUCGUCACCGGAUCCACAGACGGGAUCGGCAAGGCGUUUGCCUUCCAGUUCGCCCGUGUGGGCCUCAACCUGGUGCUCGUCGGCCGCAACCCAGAGAAACUGAGGGAAACAGCGGCGGCGCUGCGUGAGAAGUACGGGAAAACCCAAGUGGAGACGGUGGUCAUCGACUUCACCGGCGACCUUAACGGCGGGUUGGCGCGGCUGAAGGAGAAGGUGGAGAGAUUGGACGUUGGAGUGCUGGUGAACAGUGCUGGGGCCUCUUAUCCUUACGCGAGGUACUUCCACGAGGUGGACGAGGAGUUGCAGAGGAACCUGAUCAAGGUGAAUGUGGAGGGGGUGACGAAGGUCAUCCAGGCAAUCCUUCCCGGGAUGAUUAAGAGGAAAAGAGGCGCCAUUGUCAACAUCGGCUCCGGCGCCGCCAUAGUCAUUCCUUCAGAUCCACUUUAUGCGGUGUAUGCCGCCACAAAAGCGUGAGUUUUCUUUCCCUCCUCCCUUUUCAAGAUCUAUUUGAAUCUCCCCUUGAUCGGAUGAACUGGGUGACCUUGAUCCGGAAGAAGAUCCAUGAUCCGGGUGACCUUGACCCCAGAUGUUUUCUUCAACGAGUCUUGAACGUUUGAGUAGCCUCUUCGGAAGUUGCAGGUAUAUGGACGGUGAAUCAUUAUCGCCUCUCCAUUAGGCUCUCCUCUUCUCAGAGUGAACUCUGUAUUGCUUUAUAUACCUGAUGAAAUUGAUUUCUCUCUCUCUCUCUCUCUCUCUCUCUCUCUCUUUCUUCUCUUACACUUUUAAUCCGAUAAGAUCCAGUUCUUUCGUCAUUCGUCGACCUCAUCUCAUUCUAGAGGCGGAGUAAUCCUACGGAGUGAUGAGGCUACUUGUAUGCAGUACCACGACUUCGACCAUUUGGAAUUAGUAUUAUUACCUGGGAUUCAUUUGCAGAUCAUCUUGUGUGGCAUAUAAAGCAAUUUCCCCUAUUUUCCGCAGGUAUGUUGACCAGCUGUCCAAGUGCCUCUAUGUUGAAUACCAGAAGAGUGGCAUCGAUGUGCAGUGUCAGGUACGUUCUUUCCUUGAUCCCUAUCGAUGAGCAAAUUUCGACGCCUUUUCCGGGAAUUGAUAAUGUUCUUGCUUUAGAUGUUGAAUCUAUCGGGAUGCAUCCAUCCAUUUUCUCCAUAUGAAUAUGGAAGCUCUAUCUUGUUGAUUAUGAAUAGACCUUUCUCUUUUCUUUUUUUUUUUGAUCUCCGUUGAUUACAAAGACUUUGGUAGACUGAUGGGGGCUUCGGAUCUUUGCUUCCCUGAGGUUUUAUGAAUUGAUGUUCUAAUCUAUGGCUUAUUUUAGCUGAGUUCAUCCGCUGAUAGGGCAGCGGAUAAAAACCCUGGAAGGGUGGAGGUCAAGUAGAUCAAAGCCAAUUUCUUUUGCAAAACAAUCGGAUCUUUUGAGAUGUGAGGAAUAAGAAGAAGGUGUUGGGCCCUUUGCCCACUUUGUUUAAAUAGUCAGCACGAAGAACUUUAGUCUCCAUCAGUGGAAUCUGAGAUUCUGGGGGCGUAAUUGAGGGAUUUAAUGGUGCUGCUGUACCCAGAUUUCUAUCCUCUUUCUUGUUCCGAGCUGUUCUUGCAUCGUUGGUCAAACUGUGAUCCCAGCUUCUAAGUCCUUUUGGUGCGUUUAGAAAAAAGCCUUGUAUCCCAUUAAAAUCUUGAAACUGUUGCUUGUCUUUGACUUCUGUUGGCAAUUUACUGGCAUUUAGAUGGUCAGCAUUGUCGAGUCCAUAGCAGAAAUGAACCAGAGAUCCAUCCAUCCACGAACAUAAACUCUGAAACUAGCUUCCUCUUGGAGAUAAUUCGCAAGCUUUCGGAUGUAGCUUUGACGCCCCAUGGAGCAUUUACUAUGGCUAGUAGCGGGCAUGUGGAGUCAUUUUCUGAAUUCUUUAUACCAAGGAAGAAGAUAUGGAUGGAUAUUAGUCCUUGAAGGUCUCUGCUGAAGUUGUGGGCAGGUCGAUCCAGUCUGUCGCGGGUAGUUUAGUCUUUCUCUGCCCGGCUGGGAAUCAAACCAGCAAAAAACGGAUAGCUUAGUUUUUUCAUUCACUAGAAACUUAUAUGAGAUCAUCUUCUAUUCUAAGACUCUUUGCUGAGGGUGAAGGUAUGGAUGCUAGUCCUUGAAGGUCCGGGUCAAAGUUGUGGGCAGGCGGAUGCAGGCUGUUGCUAGUUGUGUAGUCUUUCUCUGCUUGGCUAGUGAUCAAACCCGCAUAAAAUGGAUAGCUUAGUUUUUCCUUUACUGGAAACUUAUAUGCAGAUCGUCUUCCACCCUAAGAUUCUUCCCUUGGGCUUGUUCAUCUUGGUGUAGGUCCCCUUGUACGUGGCGACGAAGAUGGCUUCAAUUCGGAAGUCCUCCUUCUGGGUGCCGUCGGCCGACACAUAUGCACGGGUGGCGCUGCGGUGGAUUGGCCACGACGUGAGGUGCACUCCCUACUGGCCGCACUCCCUCCUGUGGUGCCUCAUCUCGCUGCUGCCUGAGUGCGCCGUCGACCGGUGGCGCCUGAACUUCUGCCUCAAGAUCCGCAAGAAGGGGAUGCUCAAGGACGCCGCCAGGAAGAAAGAGUGA